GGUUUUGUUCCCCGCGUUGCUAAGGGCAACGGACCGCCUGUUUGUAGGCGGAAAUCAACACAACAUCGGCUAACGUCUGAGGCUCAGCUUGGAGCUCUCUUCCCCACCUCCAUAUAAACCUUUAUAACAGCAGCCAUGGCCGGCUACAGGUCCUCAGAAUCGAGGCGGGAACAGUUUAGGAGAUACCUGGAAAAAUCUGGAGUUCUGGACACUUUAACCAGCGUUUUGGUCGCUCUUUAUGAAGAACAAGACAAACCCGAAAAUGCACUGGACUACAUAAAGGUCCACCUGACGGCGAGGUGCCCAGAGCCCACGGAAGCCGAGGCGCUGCGGACAGAACUGGCCGACCUCCAGCAGAAGUUCAACCUGCUGAUGGAGGAGAACAAAGAGCUGAGGAGCAGGCUGCUGCAGUACAAGCCGUCGCCUGAGGAGGGAGCUGGACUCUGAAUGGGCUUUUUGUCACUCGGUGGGAAAUAAACAAGAAAAGAUCAAGCAGCCUC